ACAUCAAGAAUGCAGGUUAGGCCUAGACCUAACAGAAGUAGAGUAAUUGAUAGGAGUGUAUUAGCCAGAAACUCUGAAUCGGAUGAUAGCACUGAAGGGCCUACUGACAGUGAUAUUUGGUUUAGUAUAAACAAUGAGAGUCUCAGCAACUUCACUCAUGAUUUUUCUUUUGUUGAAUCUCCUGGACUUAGACAUUGCCGACUUGUUGACCCUAAGCCUAUUUACACUAUUUUUACAGAAACACUUUUGACUAUGUUUGUGAUUGAAAGCAACAGGCACGCUAACCAGACAAUAUUUCACCUGGUAAUCACAGGCAAGGCUUGUCCCCUGAACAUUUUAGAAAUGGAAGCCUUUAUUGCCUUAAAAGCACAUGGGUGGGAUUGACCCUUUUGACAUUAUGCUGUGUAUUCUUAUCUUGACGAAAGAUGACCCGUGAAGUACUGGAAGAAAAUAAUUUUUAAUAUGUUUGCAAGAAUGGUAGUAAAUUUCUACAUUGUAUGCAAGGAAAAUUGUGUCCAAAACGACAGGAAACCUCUUUCUAGAUAUCAGUACAUUGUGCAAAUAAUUGAAAGCAUUUCUGAUGAAUGGGUAGCACAGCAAGGUAAUACCGUAAACGUAGAGAGUGAAAAAAAGGAAAAUUGGCGUAGAAAAAUUUCCCGGGAAACAAGAAAAGACUUCUUUUGUAUGUACAAAGAGGGGGCCAGAUAUCAAAACAGGAAGAGAUCAAGAAUGAUUUGCACCAACUGUGGGAAAGGCUGAUAAACAUUUACGCCUAUAUAAGUUAUGAUUUUGAACUAUAAUUUAAUUCUUAGUUCUUCAGCAUCCGAAAUCCUGUAUGUGGAUCAAAAUGGUGCCGUAUCUUCUAGUAGACAACAAGCCAUAGAGUUGACUGGCGGGGGUGUGAGUACUCGGAGAGCCAACUUGAACUGGUGUCGACCCUUACACUUCAUUCCAGAAGCUGAAUCUCGGCCCGUCAUCGCCUUGGCGUCGUUCCCUGGCAGUGGAAAUACCUGGCUGCGCUACCUGCUACAACAAGCCACAGGUGUAUACACCGGAUCCGUAUACAAGGACUAUGGUCUAUUGAAGAAUGGUUUCCCAGCCGAGUCAGUGGUUAACGGAAGUGUGAGUGUCGUGAAAACACAUGAGUGGGGCCCCACCAGUCGCAAGAGGUUCCACAGGGCUGUGUUGUUGAUCAGAGCUCCAGGCCCCGCCAUCCUCGCCGAGUUCAACCGCCAAAGCGGUGGACAUGUGGGUUUUGCGUCACCGGAGCGAUACCGGAGGAACAAGGGCCGCUAUUGGCAACAGUUUGUCAAAGACAAACUGCGGACCUGGCGGCUCUCCAACUUGGACUGGCUGUGGAACUUCACCGGGCCCACCCACGUUAUCGUGUACGAAGAGCUUGUCUCCCACCUGGAACGAACUCUCCGUGCCCUCAUCGAGUUCCUCGAAUUGCCUUUGGACGAGGCGGAACUUCAGUGUGCCAUCGUUCGGCGCGAAGGCAUAUACAAGCGCAAAUCACGGGCUGUCACCCUUGAUCCCUUCACACCGUACAUGAAAGCUAGCCUUAAAGCCGAGCAGGACUUUGUGUUCAAAGAAAUACAGAUGUACCUUGACUCUGCCUAAUUGUUCUUAUUUCAGGCCGAUGUUGACUGUUGAGUUUAUCGCUGUACGUGCACAAUGGUUGUGUUCUGACUGUAGUAAUAAAGUACUUGCACAUAGAAACACUGUUGAUAAUGGUCGUUAUCUUCCUGUUUACUAUAAAGACUGAUUUGUUACUAGCCUAUGUGUUUAAAGUCGCUCAUCGCUUCAAUUGUUAGUUUGUUUAGAUUUUAGGAAUAUUGUAGAGACUCUCUACUGACCAAAAUGUUGUGGAACAGUUGCCUAAACAAUUCUGUGCAAACACUUAAGGAACACUGUAAGGAAAAUAUAUACUUUCUCUUUUAA